AAACAUAGACAACUCUCAACACAUAUAUAGACUGAAAUUAUAUUACGAAUAAAAUGUAUACAUGAUGGAAUCGAUUGAAUGGAAUAAUUAUUAUUUAUUAAAAUUUUUGCUAAACACAAUUAUUUUGUAACAAAAUUUCGAGACAAAAAGUGAAAGAGAAUUUUCAAACUGUCUGCGAUAUCAGUUCGAAAUUUUUCGGCAAAUAUGCUGAAUAAUCUUGGUGCAUCCGGACUGCCUGGUAAGUACGAAUGCCCAAAAGAUUGUGAUCUACCGAAAGCUGCUUUAACGGCGCUUCAUGGUGUAAAUAAUUUUGGACAAGUGCAAAAUUCACAAAAUUCCGACUCGAAUGGUGGAUCCGGUGGGCGAUUGCAUGUUUCUGGAGCAUUGUGCGAACCGCACAGUAUGCAUCAAGAUCAGAAUUCCGACAAAUCAAAUAAACAAAAACGCCACCGGACACGUUUCACUCCAGCCCAAUUGAACGAGCUAGAACGAUGCUUUUCCAAAACCCACUAUCCGGAUAUUUUCAUGCGGGAAGAAAUAGCAAUGCGCAUUGGAUUAACCGAAUCACGGGUUCAGGUUUGGUUUCAAAAUCGCCGAGCCAAAUGGAAGAAACGCAAGAAGACUACCAAUGUCUUCCGUACCCCCGGUGCUCUCUUGCCGUCCCACGGAUUACCACCCUUCGGUGCAAACAUAACGAAUAUUGCAAUGAGCGAAGGGUUGUGUGGCUCAUCAAUGUUUGGCGGUGAUCGAUGGAGUGUCGGUGUCAAUCCCAUGACAGCUGGUUUUGGUCAACUAAAUCAAUCGUCCUCACUCACAUCUUCAUUAAAUAGUGGUCUUAAUUCAAGUAUUAACAUAAGUUCAGCAAUGGGUGCGGGGAGUUAUCAACAUUAUGGAUUAAAUGCAUUAGGUGACUCUAUGAUGUAUCAACACUCUGUUGGCGGUGUAGGCUGUACUGGUAAUUCGCCAACUACGAGCACACCGCCGAAUAUAAAUUCUUGCUCAUCGGUCACUCCUCCUCUCUCCAAUCAACAGAAUGCUAGUCAGAAUGAAGUCAAUGGCGAUCAAAUGAACCAGCAACAACAGCAAGCUGCUCAACAACACCAACAGCAACAAUCUCACCAACAACAACAACAGCAGCAACAACAACAGCAGCAACAACAACAGCAGCAGCAACAACAUCAACCACCAUCGCAACAAUCCCACAAUCAGGACACAACCAACCACCAUCACAUUGUAUCGAAUUGCCAAAGUCUCCAAUCACCGACCGAAGGCGAUGAAGAUGUAUGGCGAGGACAUAGUAUAGCAGCGCUACGACGGCGAGCUUCUGAAUUAAAUGCAUCUUCAAUACCUUCAUACUUGCAUCAUGCAACACACAACCAAUACGAGCACCAUAAUUCGGUCUACUGAAAUUUGUUGAAAAGCUUUGAAAGCUUUUCGGAUUACAGCAUCAACAAUAAUUGUGGAAAUCAUGAUUUCCUACAAAACUGAAAUGGGUUUGUGCAUAGACUAAUGCAAUAAAAAAUAUUGUAUUAUUCUAGUUGACAGAUAUGGGGUACAGGCAAGUUUAAAAUAAAAAACAACAACAUAGCUAAAUGAAAAUUUAAAAAAUUAAAUUU